AUGAUUUCUUCUAAGGGGAAUACCGAUAACAAGCAGCAGCAGCAGCAGCAGCAGCAGCAGCAGCAGCAGCAGCAGCAGGUCGAUGAUGUUGACAUAACAGCAACCAAACAACAGCAGCAACAAAAUGACAAGCAGCAACAGCAGCAGCAGCAGCAAGGACGCAAGCUGUCCUCUAUAUUCCGUCGGUACCUACUGGGGCCCCUGCUGCUGCUGUUACUGAUUACUGCUGUCUUAGCCCUUUAUUAUGGUAUUAAGUCCCCUACCCCUAACAACAGCAGCAGCAGCAGGCCUCCAAGGGCCCCCAUGAGGCAGAAGAGUACCCAAGAGAGGGGGGCCCCCGUUAGUAUCUCCUCAUUCAGUCAAUCCAAUGGGGGGCCCCAGUACUAUGGGGGGCCCCUUAUUACUCGAUCUGCAGCAAUUGUAGGUGGGGGCCCCCAUAUGGGUACUGGUAGGGCCCCCUUCUUAGGGAGACAAGUAACAUCAUUUAGGGGGGCCCCCCAAGAACAAAUAUUUAGGAGUUCCUUUUCUUCCCUUAUUUAUUCAUAUUUAUUAUCCCCUACAUUAACAGCAAGAGGGGCACAAGAAUCAGCAGCAGCAGCAGCAGCAGCAACAGCAGCAGCAGCAGCAGAGGGACAGAUAACAAGGAGACCAUUUAGUUGCUUUGUUAUAAAAAUAUUAGAUGGAGACACAUUCAUGUGUAUACCUGUUGCUGCAGAUACUGAGGUGUAUGUACACCUAAAUAAGCAGCAGCAGCAGCAAAUAAUGCCAGCAGCAGCAGCAAUAAGGACACCUAGUGAGGUGUACGUACACCGCAGUACUGCACCUAAAUUAGAGGUGUCUCCUCUUGUCUCCUCCUCCCCUAAUUCCUUAACUGUGCGUCUCUAUGGUAUAGAUGCACCGGAGACACGGAUGCACCCUAAGAAGGAGACAGCAGCAGCAGCAGCAGGUGGUGCAGCACCACCAUUGUCUGCAGCAGCAGCAGCAGCAGCUAAAUAUGGCUCAAAGCAGCUAGAUAUAGGGGGACAACCUCUAGGUAUUGCUGCUGCUGCUGCUCUUGCUGAUUUGCUGCUAGCUAGGGUUGUGCUGCUGCAGCCCCUGCAGCAAGACAAACAUGGUACAGUAGUAGCAAGGGCCCUAUUACCUACUGUCUCCUCGAGGGACACAGAGGGGGCCCCCCUAUAUACAGAUUAUCUGUAUGUCUUGCUGCAGCGUAUUGCUGGUCUACAUGAGAGAAGAGUACAUCCCCCUCCUGCUGCAGCAGCAGCAGCAGCAGCAGCAGCAGCAAACAAUUCAGCAGCAAGUGGUGCAGCAGCAGCAAUGGCAGCAGAUAGAAAAGGGGCACAACGUAAUAGGGCAGCAGCAGCAAAGACCCCAUCUAAGAAUGCUAAGGGGGCCCAGCAGCAGCAGCAGCAGCAGCAGCAGCAGCAGCAGACAACUACUACUACUCCUGCCCCUGCAGCAGCAGCAGCAGCACCAACUCCUGCUGCAGUUACGAACUUUAUUGAGCUAAUUAAAUCAGCAGAUAUUAAGGCAGACCCUAUGAAGGCAUUAGCAGCAGCACAAGAGGUACUGCUGCUGGAGGCAAGCAAGAAGGGGGCCCCCCCUCCUGCACCAAGGGGCCCCUCUGGUUCUAAGAAUACAGGGGCCCCUGCUGCUGCUCCUCCUCCUGCUCCCUUAGAUAUAGAGGAGACACUAGAGGAGAAGAUGCUAAGACUAUUAGAGGAAUCACAACCAUCGCAGCAGCAGCUGCAGCAGCAGCAGCAGCCAACAGGUUUGCUGCUGCAUGAUGUAAGUACUAUUAUGCUAAGAAGGGGCCUUAGCUGCCUAUACACCGGAAAAACAGCAGAAUAUGCAGGAAGGAGACAGUUGCUGCGUCAGGAGCAGCAGCAUGCUAUUAAUAAUAAAGAGGGACUAUGGGGCCUCUCUUAUGCAGUAAGAGAGACAACAACAAGAAGAAGAAGAGGAGGAGGAGGAGGAGGAGGAGGAGGAGGAGGGGGCUUCGUUGGUUUCCUAAGAAGGGGACAUUAA